GUAAAUUCUCUAUAAGGAACUUAUACUAACGCCCUCGUGACAAAUAUUGUUCGACUUCAUUCAGUGGUCGUAAACGUUUGUAAUAUAUAUCAUUGAUGAAAUAAAUUUAAUAUAAAAAUUACAAUGAAACGAUCAGAUAAAAAGGAUCGUAAAAAGAUACCAGUUGAUAAGAGACGAGUUGGUUCUAAAAGAAUGCCAAUUCGUAAGAAACAUGCUAAGGUGCCAAUUGAUAAAAAAGUAUUAGCAAAAUAUUCACAAGGUCCUGGAGUUGAAUUAAAACGAAAGACAAGUGCAAUAAAGAAUAAAGUACUGAGAAAAAAACUACAGCAGAAAGAGCAAGCUAUAGAGGAGCAAGUAAAGGCUUCUGCUCGGACAGAAUUAUUAUUGACUGAAGAACAUGGUUAUAUGGAAGCAGAAUCUGGAGAAGUUACAACUGACUAUCGGCAAAAGCAGAUAGUAGACAAUGUAGAUAUAACGAGCGCAGCUAAACGUUUCAAAUUAGAUUUGCAACAUGGCCCAUACUGCUUUAGGUAUACUAGAAAUGGUAGACACUUGCUCUUGGGUGGCAAGCAAGGUCAUGUGGCAACCUUUGACUGGGUGACAAAAAAGUUGGCUUGUGAAAUAAACGUGAUGGAAUCUGUCCAUGAUGUUACUUUCCUACAUCUCGAGACUAUGUUUGCAGUGGCACAGAAGGAUUGGGUCUAUGUAUACGAUAAUCAAGGAAUAGAAUUACAUUGUUUAAAGAGAAUGAAUGGCGUGACACGAUUGGAAUUUCUGCCAUAUCAUUUUUUACUUGCCAGUGGAUCGAAGGAUGGUCAUAUGGCUUGGUUGGAUGUAUCCAUAGGCAAACUUGUCGCCCGUUAUAAUUCCUAUUUAGGCAGAAUAUCUGUAAUGACGCAGAAUCCAAGUAAUGCAGUACUAUGCGUUGGUAACUCAAAAGGAGUAAUAUCUAUGUGGUCUCCAAAUUCUCAUAAACCAUUAGCGAAGAUGUUGUGUCAUCAUCAGUCAAUUAUGACAUGCACCAUUCAUCCACAUGGCACUUAUAUGGCAACUAGUUCUUUAGAUAAUUAUGUAAAAAUAUGGGAUAUUAGACAGUUAGCAGGACCGGUGAAUCAUGUUCGCAUUCGUUCUCCUGCUUAUCGUAUGUCUUAUAGUCAACGUGGUUUGCUCGCGCUGGGAAUGGGCAAUGUAGUCGAAGUUUAUAAGGAAACUUCUGGCGAUUUCAAGCCAUAUUUACGACACAAAACUGCUCGUAAUGUGAAUUGCGUGAGAUUCUGCCCAUAUGAAGAUGUUUUGGGAAUUUCUACGGCAAAUGAAUUUUCAUCACUCUUGGUGCCAGGAAGUGCGGAAGCGAACUACGACGCUUACGAGAUUAAUCCAUUCCAAACUAAGAGUCAAAGACGAGAGACAGAGGUGAAAGCACUUCUGGAGAAAAUACAACCAGAAUUAAUUACUCUCGAUUCAACUGAGAUACUUGAAGUUGAUGUACCUACAUACAAAGAGAAAGUGGAAGCGAAGAAAAAGCUUUUGUAUAUUAAGCCAAAACCGAUAAACUUUGAACCUCGACGAACGAAAAGUAAAGGAAAGGGUGGUACUGCGAAAAUAAUAAAAACUAAAAAGAUAUUAAAAGAUCUAAAUCGCCGAGAAAUGAUUGAAACGCUUCGUGAAGCAGAAAAGGAAACACCAAAAAAGACUGAGAAUCAGGAUAAAGAUUAUGGUGUAUUAAAUAGAUUUCUUAACAAAAAAUAAAUACUAUGUGAUAGGAUUUAUAAAUAUAGGAUUUG